CCGGUUCCAGCAGUUCACAACACUAGCGCCGCACUGUCGCUGUCAAAACGAAUAGGCAAGUUCACAAAAUGUGCAGGCCUUGUCGUCUGCAGCGCGUCGCCAGCGUCGCUUCGCCGUCUCCCUAGGCGGAUUCUUUGUGCCGGGUGCUCCACUGAUUCGUGCUGCUUUUUUUUUCUUUUUCUUGUGUGGUGCAUCGGACUUUUCGUGCGUGUGUGAUCGAGAUGGCUGCCUGCUUGCAAGCGGCUAUGGAGCUGUUAGAGUCCGACAGCGACGAAGAAUUCGACGAGAUGUGCAUUUUACUUGCAUGCGGUGUCGUCAGAAACGAUCGUCAUCGUAUCCCUGGUUACUGUGAAACUGUAGUGAACACGUACUUCGAAAUGGAGUUCAAGAGACUCUUCCGGCUGUCUAGAAAGACUUUCGAUGAGCUGAGCGCUCGCUUCAUGGCAUCCGCCUUCUUCCCCGAUGCUGUACAAGGAAGGCGGCAGAUUUCGGCUGAAAAAACAUGUCUGAUAGCUUUAGUCUACAUAGGCUCCCAGAGCUCAAUGUACGCUAUUGGCGAUAAAUUUGACGUGACGGAGUCGUCGGUGCAUGUCUGUGUCAACCGAGUCGUCAAGUUUUUGCACGGCAUCAGAGACGAAGUAAUCUGCUGGCCUGGCAGCGCGGAGAUUGCCCGCGUGAAAGCCGGAUUCCUUGCGAAGAGUGGUGGCAAGGGGCCCCGGAACACUAUAGGGUGCAUCGAUGGAUGUCAUUUGGAGAUCCUUAAGCCGGAUCAAUCUGCGCAUUCUUAUUACAACCGGAAGAAGUUUCCGUCCAUUAUACUGCAGGGAAUCUGCGACGAUAGAAACAGAUUCACGCACGUGUUCGUCGGUUUUCCGGGAUCAACACACGAUGCGCGUGUGCUGAGAGAAAGCUCUUUCUUUCAGAACGCAUCCGUAUUAUGCGACGGUGGGUAUCUUCUUGGGGACUGCGCUUACCCGCUAAUGCCGUGGCUCAUGGCCCCCUUCAGAGACAACCAGAACUGUUUUCCUUCGUGGAAAAGAAACUUCAAUGGAAGGCAUAGCCAACAAAGGGUGACCAUUGAAAACACUUUUGGACUGUUGAAGCAGCGCUUUCGAAGGUUGUACUUCGUUGACGCCAAAACUGUAGUACAGAGCUGCUUCCUUGUAAUGGCUGCCUGCGUUUUACACAAUUUUUGUAAUGAAGAAAGGGAUUUUUUGGAAGAGUUGGAGACUUUGCCACCUUUCGACGAUGCAGGAAACCGAGAGCCAACAGGUCAUAUUGACCCUAAUUUGUUAGGCUACAGUGAGUCUCUGAGGGAACACAUUGCAAAGCAGCAAUGCUAAGGCAGCCUUGUUUCCAUGAAGAUUGUGUCAUGCUACUGCCAUGCUGUCUGUGUAGUGCUUGCAUGAAUUCUAGUGCUGUUCAAGUUGAAGUGAAGCGAAUAAAUGCGGAAACGUAUUUUGA